AGGCACGGUGUCUUUUCGGGAUUUCCACGCGCAACCGCUUCCCCUCCCUGCGCCGGCUUUGCUGCUUUUCCGAGCGCUUUUCCGUGGCAGCUGCGCUGAGCUCCGUCUCCUUUUGCAAGAAGCGGCCCGGCCCCUUUGCAUUCCCCGACCCUUUUAAAAAUGGGCGGGCGCAAAGUGGGGCUAGAAACACCCCUCCCGCUCUUGGAGAAACCAAUGAAGGAGGGAGAAAAGUGGGCCGAUCUCGGAUGGGAAAAGUGGGCCGAUGGCGGCUGGGGCAGCAGCGACGCGCCUCCUGGAAUGGAUCUUCGCCUUCUAUUUCCUCACUCAUAUCCCCAUCACGCUGCUGGUCGAUUUGCAAUCGCUCCCGGGGGCAGGAUUUUACCCCCGCAGUCUGAAAGAAUUGACAACUUGGUACACUGUUGCGUUUAAGGACCCCAUGAUGCAGGACCCUCCUGCCUGGUUCAGGGCAUUCAUAUUCUGCGAAGCCUUCCUGCAGUUGCCUUUCUUCCCUAUUGCAGCCUAUGCCUUCUGGAAAGGCAACUGCAAAUGGAUCCGAAUCCCGGCCAUCAUUUACGCGACGCACGUAAUGACCACGCUGCUCCCCAUCUUUGGCCACGUCCUGUUCAAUGAUUUCUCGCGGUCCAAGCACCCUGCGCCCCAGACGCUGCACGAACGCUUGACUCUCUGCGCCAUUUACAGCCCCUACUUCCUGAUUCCCUGCCUCAUUCUUCUCACGAUGCUCCUCAGCCCCCUGUAUAACCAGGUGGAUAAAAGGAAAAAGAAAUAAGCCGGCGAGGAUUCUUCCUAAGAGGGGGAAGGAGUCAGCCCUUGGAUUUAGAAGCUUGCAAACUGGGCCAAUAAAAUGUUUUUUUUUUAAUUU